UCGAAUUCCACUCGUUUGAUGUUUUUUGUUAUAUUAAAAGAUCAACAAACUUAUAAAUAAAUUUGUAUGCAUGUUCAUUUGCAAAUAUGGGAAAUAAAUUUGCAAAACAAAAUCCUGGAAGUAAAUUGAAAAAGCGAAGAACUCAAAGUAUAACAUGGAAUUUUCGAUAUUCAACUAUGCGGCGGAAAAAUGCUGCAAUUAUAGUGUCAGAUGAAGAAAAGCAAGAUGAAAAUAAAAGUAAAUUUGAGGUAUCAGAAUGGUUAAAAAGCUUGGAAUUAAGCGAAUAUGAGAGAAAUUUCAAGAAAUUUACAAAAAUUGAAAAGCUUUUAAAAUUAACCGAGAAUGAUGUAAAAAGCUUAGGAAUAAAAAAUUCUACUCAUAGGACACGAAUCAUAACAAGUUUGGUUGAGUUACGUGAUAUUUUUCAAAAGAGGACAGUAGAAGAUGGAAAAUUAACCUUUCCUAGAUCAAAAAAAUCUGAAUCGGAUAAUGGUAGACAUAGUAUAGCAGAAAUUGGAGCAAACAAUAAAAAUAAUGUAAAAAAUGGAUUAUCGUCACCAAAGAGACAAAAUAGUGAAACUAGUAUUAAAACUAAGGAUAGCACAGCGAAUAUAUCUAAUGAUGUUAAAGAAGAAACAUUUAAAACAGAAUCAAUAUAUGAAAUUUUAAACCCAGAAAAUACUAAGCAGAGUAAAAGUUGUGGAGAUCUUGUGGACAUGGAUUCGACAACAACAACACCAACAUUGGAAAUCGGUCACGAAGCUUUGGUUUUAAAGAAGGCACUGGAAUGGGAAUUAAGUUUAGACUCACGAGAUUUAAGAUCACAUGCAUGGUAUCAUGGCGCAAUACCACGUCAAAGAUCCGAAGAAAUUGUACAAAAAGAUGGAGAUUUUCUAGUGAGAGAUUGUGCAUCUCAGCCCGGAAAUUAUGUUUUAACUUGUAAAUCGAAAUCAGUCACUUUACAUUUUGUAAUUCAUAAGAUUUUAAUUCAACCGGAAACUGUGUAUGAAAGAGUUCAAUAUCAAUUCGAGGAAGACGCUUAUGAUACUGUCCCAGAUCUUAUUACUUUCUAUGUAGGAUCAGGUAAACCUAUAUCUGCAGCAUCAGGAGCCAGAAUUCAAUAUCCUUGUAAUCGAAGUCACCCAUUAUCCUUUUACGGCAAUAAGUUUAUAGGUAACCAACUGCAUAAUCAAAUUCUGACAGGUAUACGAGGAAUAAGCCCAGUUAAUUCACCUUCAAUCGCAAAUCUUCGUUUUAAUCCAUAUAAUCAGCAAGGCAGCUAUAACAAUACCGUAUCAACUCACCGCAGUCCAAUGUCCUCUCCACCAAGAACAAAACGAGAUACACCACCACGUCUGCCAUCAAAAAAACAAAGAUCUCAGUCUUUAACUCCACUACAAUCAAUCCAUUCUCAAAAUGGCGACAAAUAUUGCAGCGUCGAUGGUAUUUCUCUAGAUAAACAGCAACAAGGGCAGUUGAAUACAGAAAUUAAAAAAAUAGCAUCACAAAAUGAAAGAAGUUCUAGCGCAGACGGGAUAAUUCAAACUAAUGGAACGGUCGUCAGCAAUAUUCAAAAAUCAACUAAUGAAAAAUCUUCCAGCGCAGAUGGUGUUAUUAGACAUUGUAACGGCCAAAGAGCUCACUCACAUUCUUUACCUAGACCAAUGACCUCAAGUAGAUUAAAAAUGAAUAGUUCGAGGACAUCUAGUUUAAAUCGUGAAACAAGUAACUCUUCAUUAACUCCCUGCGCAGAGCAAAAUAAGCACAAGGAUGAAAAAGCCCCUAGUCCUCCUCCAAAGCCGACAAGGCCAAUUGGUACAAGCAUCAAUAAUAUAAACAAUAGCCAAAUUACUCCGACUCAAAGGGAAAAACGUGAAUCUAUAAAAGAACUACCAUUAGAACAACAAAAUCCAUUAAAUCGUGUCGCUUCUUAUCAUGCUAGUGGGUCAGAUUCUGGCAAUGGGUCUGGUGAUUCGGCUCAGAGUUCAGCCCCAGGAGAUCUUCUUGUUGAAGGUCAUGUGCCACACCGGGGUGUUAUAAUUAAAAAUCCUCGAUUCAUGACUAACUCGUUAUCAUCAAUGACUUUAAAAAGCUUUAAUGAAUUUGACAUUAUAGCUGCUGAACAAGAACUGGCUAGCAUGGAUAUUCCUAUAUAUCAGCAAUUAUCAAAAUUUGAUUUAGAAAACUUUAAUACACUCUUGUUACCGGCUGUUGAAAAUAACCCUUUAGACAGUGAUGCUUUAAACACAUUUCGAAUCAUGCUAUCUGAGACGGGACCAAGGAUAAUAGCCCAACAUUUAACACGCAUAGACGUGCUUUUGAUUUUAGGUGAAUUCGAUGACUUAAAAUCAUUUACUUCUGGGGAUGACAUUUGCACUUCAGAGUUUACAUCCAGCGAAAAAGACAAUAUUUUAUUUAACUGCAGUGGCAUUGAAUUAAUUACACUUCCCCACGGAGAGACUUUUAGGAACGAUUUAAUUGAAAGAACUCAAUGCAUUAAGCUAUUAGUUGCAAUUACCAUAAUGACUUGCCAAAAUGAUUUAGAAAGAGCUGAAAUAUUAGAUAAAUGGAUUCAAAUAGCUAUCGAAACAAAGACGGCCCUUGGAAACUUAUUUGGUUUCUGUGCAAUAAUGUUAGGACUUUGCAUGCCACAAAUACAAAAACUUGAGCAAACUUGGCAUAUACUAAGACAAAAAUUUACAGACAGUGCGUUUACAUUCGAAGCGAAAUUACGACCAACAUUAAAGAGCAUGAAUGACUGCUCAAACCCUCAAGCACCUAACACAACUGUUCCUCAUUUACUACCAUAUAUAUUAUUGCGGGACAGGACCGUUGAUGACAUUUUAAUGGCAACAACAACAAACUCGAAAACAGCGUCAAAUACCCAAACGAUGAAGUCACCGCAACAAAAAUCGUCUCUUGUAAUUCCAUGUGUUACAAACUGGGAGUCAAAUGCUGAUGAUUUUGGUAUUUCAAUACUAUUUUCUCACUUAGAUGCAGCUCGAAAUUUUACUAAAAAUAUUUCGUUAUACCGAAGAAAUGCUCAAAUAGUCUUAGAAAGUGCAAAAAGUCGUCUUGAUGAUUUAUUAAGUGAUGCGUUUAGGACCGAAUUUCAUAUUAAAUUUCUUUGGGGCAGCAAAGGUGCAUUAGUUUCAUCUGAGGAACGUCACUCUAAAUUAGAGCAUGUUAUAGGAAUAAUGGCUGAUAAGUUUUGUAAAACAGAAAUAAUUGGGAAUGCGGGUUAAGAAGGAAAACUUAAUUUUGUAUUGUAAAAAUAGUGCUAAAUGUAAUCUAUUUUUUUAAAAAGAUUAUUUUUGAUGAAUUUCCUAUACAGACUAUCUAGUCAUUUUAUCAAAGGUUGUAAAAAAAAUUUUUUUUUGUAUUACCAUUUUACUAUGUUAGCAAAUUUUAGCUAUGUAUAACUGUUGAGCUUUUAUUUAUUUUAAAUUUAGAUUGUAUUUACAUGAAUAAAUUAAUUAACUCGUUUUUUAGAAAUUAUUCGUAUAAUUUAAAUAAAAAAUCAUAUCUUGUUGUAAAAAGUUUUCACAUUACGUGUGUAUAUUCGAAAUUAAGUUUUCGAUUUAAUUUAUUAUUCAUAUUAUCGACGUCAUUAUUAUAGUUAUUAGAUGACACGAAGUUUAUAUUUUGCAUUACAGUUCUAUUGCAUUCUAAGUUCUUUAAAAUUGAUUUAGCACUUGGGUUUUCAUAAAUUUAAUAUUAUUACAUUGUUGUAAUGUCAAGAUCGAAUAAUUCCAACGUUGCAAAUUUUAAGUUUUUUCUCAAAUAAUUUUUAAUUUUUUUUUAUAUUUUUUCGAAUAUAAAACAAUUAUAUUUUUAAUUAUCAUCAAACUUUAUAAGUUCUUGGUUAAACUCUUUUUAAUAAAAAUAAAAAUUUUAUACAAACGAAACUUGCGAGAACUGCCCAGAAAAAACAAGCAACAAUUUUACAUUUUUAUACAAUUUUUACUAGCGAAACAAUUUUUAAACUUAGGAUUUAUACAUAAUUUGCGAUGAAAUUUUCAAUUCUUUAAAAAAUAUUUAUUUUAUAUUUUAAGCAAAAUAUCAAUUUGGAAAAAAUCAAAAAUAAAAUAUCAAAAUUGCAAAAUUUAAACUAUGAAAAAAUAGAAACUAAUUCUAAUUGUAGAAAUAUAAUUUAAAAAAAAAAUUAAAAGUGAAUACUAACAAAUUCUAUUAUACAGUAUAUUUUAAGUGACAAAACUUUUACGUAAUCUCCUUAAUUAUUACUAUUAUUAUUAUCAUUAUGUAUUUAUAAAAUAUGGAGGUAUUAACGCAUGUAUAUCAAAAUGAUAAUAAAUUAUACAAUAAAUUUUUGUUUUAUUAUUAUAAAUCAUAUAUUAUUAUAAAAUUGAAAAAUUUAUAUUAAAAAAUAAUAUACAAUAAAAUAAAUUAAAUAUUAAUGACCGUAAUUGAAAUUUGUUUCCUUAACCAAAAAUAUUAGAAUUUUCGUCAAGGUGUUAAAAGAAACGAAAUUCUUUAAUAUUGUUAAAUUUGUGAUAUCAAAAUUAAGCUUUGGUAUGUACUUUCCUUUCGCCUUUAAACAUGAC